AUGUCGGCGAAUGCUGUGAUGUUCGCUCAGCCAAUAGGUAAAGCUUAUAGUAAGCUGCCUCCUCCACGUGAGGAUAUGGAUGAAUGCCUUGCUAUUUUAUUCAUUGGCCCAUGUAAGCCUACCGAGAAAGAUUUGAAGCGCACGCCUUUUGUGAUCCGGCGACGAGUAUUAGUUCGAGCAUUAGAGUGGUUGAUCUUGAAUCAUCCUGAUUAUGAACAUGUGGCUAUUUGUGAACAGAAUUUGGAGUCUUAUGAGGACGCAUGUCCUCCCGUUACCGUGGUGUACCGACAUGAGCCUCACAAGUCGGAAGAUGAUAGUGGUCCUGUCAUAGACGAAGAAGGAGUUGAUAACGAACAUAGAGAAAAGGAAUGUACAUUUACCGUUCACGGGCUUUCUGAAGAGGAUUAUGUGUUGAUGGGACGCAAUGAAAAGAUUGCGGCGGCUAUUCGUCACUUUAAUGAUGGUGGAGGAGCACUUGGUUUCGGGCAUGCUGAGAAGCCGACAUCGUUAUUCAAUGAUCCGGCAUUAUAUCCUAGGAUGUUUCCAUGGCUUUUCCCAUAUGGAUUAGGUGGCGUGUCAAAUGACAAGGUGCGUAAAGUGUUGGGUCGUAAGCAGCAUAUACGCAGUUUGUUGUUGAGGUAUGAU